AUUGUUGUUUCUAAUACAGACAUCUUCAUAGGAUUUACCUUUGCAGUUUCUUGCACUUCUACCUUGGCGUGUUUGCUGCUGACAGUUUGCAUACACUUGUUCCAUCUGCUGCUUCCGUUUCCACCUAACUGCGUUAUUUGUGCAUGAGAUAGCAUUCUUUGAGGUUUUUGCAGUAUUUUGGGUGUGUUCUUGGUCAGAAACAAGAAGACAUAAAUGAUGCUUGAUGAGACCAUAAAUGAUUCAGAUGGUGAAAUCAAAGUGAGUUUUGGCUAUAAUUGCAACUCCAAGAGCGAUGAGUCUUACAGCAAACCUACUCACAUUGACAUCCCUUCAGCCGGUAAGCUCCGCCGAGCUAGCCGGUCCUUUUCUUGCCUGUCCGGUGCUGCAUUGAGUGCCAAUGCAACUCUAGCCAACACAAACAUAUGCAAUGGGUUGAUUGGGGCAGAGAUACUCCCAACUCUAGACUCUCCCACCUCGUUCCGUCGGCUUCCGUCUUCUCCGUCUCUAACGAAGAUCGAUCUUUUGUCAGCUUCACUCCAGAACAGCAUGUCGAAUUUGAACUUUAGUCUGCACUCACCGAGAGAGACGCUUGAUUUUGAUGCAGUCUCGUUCAAGCCCUCGAGUGUUCCUACUAGAAGUGAGAGCUUCCUCAAUGCAAUGGAGGUUUUGCAAAUUGCUGGAGGGGCUGCAGGUGAGGACAGAGUUCAGGCUGUUUGUUCUGAAGAGAACGGUUGGUUGUUCUGUGCCGUUUAUGAUGGAUUCAAUGGGAGGGACGCUGCUGAUUUUCUAGCCGGGACGUUGUAUGAAACGGUUGCAUUUCACCUUAACUUGCUUGAUUGGGAUCUUGAGGAGGAGCCGUUGGACGUUUGUAGUAGCAUGUCUAUAGAAGGUUUAAAGGGGGACGGCUCUUUUAGGCAGAGUGUGCUUGAGAGCCUUGAACGUGCACUCGGUGAAGCAGAGAACGAGUUUCUACAGAUGGUCGAACGGGAGAUGGAAGACCGUCCAGAUUUAGUAUCCAUAGGGUCUUGUGUGCUGCUUGUUCUGCUCCAUGGGAAGAACUUGUACUUGCUCAACAUUGGUGAUAGUCGAGCCGUAUUGGCUACCUAUGAUGAUGAUGAUGGGAAUAUGGAAGAAGGGGACGGCCUCCGAGCAGUUCAGCUCACGGAGAGUCACACCGUUGACAAUGACCUUGAGAGAAUCCGACUCCUAAACGACCACCCGGAUGACCCUUCCACGAUUGUGGGCUGGAGAGUUAAAGGGAAACUCAAGGUUACUAGGGCGUUCGGAGUUGGUUACUUGAAAAAGAAAAACAUGAACGAUGCUUUGAUGGGAAUUCUUCGGGUCCGUAACCUCAUAAGCCCACCAUAUGUAUUGGCAAAGCCGUCACUCAGUGUACACGAGGUUUCAACCUCAGACCAUUUUGUCGUACUGGGAAGUGAUGGCUUGUUUGACUUCUUCAGCAACAAUGAAGUUGUGAAGCUAGUGCAUUCAUACAUAUUGAGACACCCUUCUGGUGAUCCAGCCAAAUAUUUGGUCGAGCAGCUUGUUGCAAGAGCAGCAGAUUCAGCAGGUUUUAGCAUGGAGGAGCUGAUGAGCAUCCCUGCUGGAAGAAGACGGAAGUAUCACGACGAUGUCACUGUUAUUGUAAUAAUCCUUGGCAACAACAACCGGACCUCAAAGGCGUCAACGUGUCUAUGAACAUACGAGUUCGACUCAAAAUCCUCAAGAUAGAGUUGAUGUAUUCUUACAGCAUCCGACCCAUCUGUAUAUGGUAGUUAUAUUACAUGAACAGUUAUGAUUAUCACAAGAGCCAAAACCAUUCGCAUAUGUGUAAUAAUGCGUCUUCUUUCUUUUA